AUGAAAAAUAAUACAUCUAGUAGAGUGAAUUUUUGGAAUACUAUCGCAAAUAUAAUCAACGAACGAUUUGGAGGCACUUAUACAGGACAACAAUGUAGUAAUAGAUUUAAAAAUCUUAUAAGAGAUCAUACCUUAACAGAACAGUAUAUAGCAGGAAGUAGAACUGGAAAGAGGAGUAGAACUGGUGAGCAAUAUUUUGAAGAAUUCCGUUCUCAUUUUUGGGAAAGACCUGAAACCCCAUUCGACAUAUUGCAUAAUGAAAACUCAUCCGUGAGAAGAUGUUAUCGUAAUCGUACACCACCACCAACUUAUAGAGGAGUGACACCGAUGUCAAGUCAUCGUAAAUUCACCACCAACCAAAGGAAUCGAUUCGCAUCGCCCACUCAAAGAAUUCAUAGUGAAAGGGGUGAGAAUAAUAAUCGAAAUAAUGUGAGUGGAGAUAAUGCUACAUACUUAUCUUCAUCUGAGUUGGCAAAUAUUACCUCAGGCUUUAAUAUAUCUGCAUCACAAAAUAGCAGUGAUUUUAGUAUACCUGAUGUAGGA